CAAAUGUCAAAGUGAAAUUGGAAAUUAUUCUCAGAAAUCAACGAACAACUCAAACUGAUUUAUUUUAUCCGGUGUGAUGAUUAUUGUAGGACAAAUUAAACGGAAUAAAUGCACAAAUUGAUCCAUUCAUUCGUCAUAGUGCGCGACCCCGUCAAACGAGCCAUCUCGAACUACACUCAGACCGUAUCCAAAAAGCCCGCGAUGAAGACUUCGAGCAGCUGGUCUUCCUGUAAACCCCAUGGACAGCAUUCUGACAUGUCCUGGGAGCCCUUCAAGCUAGGAAUGUACAUUCGUACCGAAAAGACGAAGAAGAAGAAGCUAGGGAUGUACUCGCGCUGCCUCACUCAGUCAAUUUAAACGGAAUAAAUGCACAAACUGCACAAAA